AUGUCAGGCUCAAGUCAUACAAGGAGAGAUUCGGAAGUCAAAAAAGGGGAUGGCAAUACUCCUCAACAUGCAUUGUCUAAUGCAAGUCAGAGUGCCACUCCGACAAAAUCACAUACUCCUGUUAGAAAGUCUUCCCUGAAGCCAGCCAGUAAGAGCUUAAGUCCAAUUAAAAAGAAGCGUGUGCCAUCAGACUCUCAUAGCGGCAAGGGGGUCAAAAUAGAAGGGAAAGUUAGGGUGAUACUGGACCACUCUGACAGUGAAUCCGGAUCUCCUUCAGAAAGAGGUACAGAGAAAAGAAAGAAGGGUGAAGAGAAGACAGUGUAUAAUGAAAAGGAUGAGCAAAAGCCGAAUUCUAGAGUAAAAUCAACAUCUGGCAAUACACAACUGCAUCGAGACAAGGAGCAUGCUCCUUUAGAAUUCUCAAAGGAAAACAUUAGGAAGAAGCUGAACGGUGACUUGAAGGACUACAUGUGUCUUUUCUUUACAGAGACUUCCCCUGGACAAAGACCUGUUGGACAAUACUUUGAAACGUUUUGCUACACCUUCUUUUCUCAUCUUGUAUACAAUCAUAAUGACAAGGCAGAUCACUGGCAAACAGAGGUACAACAACUUGUUGAAAAGAAGAUACAAGGAGUAUCUCGAAAAGUCGCAGGAUUAGAGCUACUUUACUCACAGAUAGAUAAAUGGGUGAAUAAUCUUGAGGAAUGGGAACAGAAAAGGAUCUUAGAGAAAGAUCAGCCAGAUGACUGGCUGACCAAAAUGGCAGAGUUGUCUAAUACUCGGUCUUUUGACAAUGUGAAAGACUUAGGGCUCUUGUUCAAAUAUGAAAAUGUAAAGGCAAAACCUGCCAUUCUUCGACCGAGACCUGAUCAACAAGAACUAUUAAAUGCUUUGGCCUUUGUUUUGCAUAAAAAGAUAGUGGAAGCUGUUCUAGAUCACUACUAUAGAUACCACAGAAAGCAAGCCAAUGGAAAUCAGAAGGAGUUGGCAGCAGCACUACAAGAAAAUGCAAAGAAAGCAGAAACGAAAUUGAAGGAUAUGCAUAUCGACAGUAAACUCCUAGGAGAGAAGUGGGUUUAUAUUAACGAAAUAGAAAAUCUUACAGUCGAAGAUAUUGAAAAUAUGGGGAUCGAAUUCGAAGAUCCUCAUAAACAAGAGAUUAGAGUUUCUGUCUUGAAGAAAAAUGGAAUUCGUGUAAAGAAGGUUUCUGACAAGGACUCGGAAAAAGCACGAGGAAUUUUGAGAGAGGUGCAAAUUAGUGAUAUCAACUCGGGUGAAGACGCAUUCAUUGGUAAUAUCCAAAUUAUCUUUGGAUCAACAAGUCGAGAAGUCGGUGUCUGGUAUAAACAUAAGCAUACUAUGGCAACUGCUAAUACUCGAGCCCAGAAAGUCAACAUGCGAACAAUGUCAAAAGACGCAGAUGGUCAAUGA